AUGCCGCUUGUGCAUCAGCCUCUGCUCAACCACUCGCCUUACCUGCUCUCCGAAGAAUCCCGGUUUUUGAUGCACACCUUUGCAACGCAGACAGCUCAAAUGUUAUUUCCGGCAGCUCCUGAUUUCUUUCUCCAGAGAAUGAUCAGCGCUGCAAUGGAGACGCCGCAUCUUCUCCAUGCACUUUUGGCCAGUUCAUGCAGUCACCAUAGCCGACUCAUCCAGGAUUCUGGCCCAAGGUCAAAGAUGAUUUGUCUGAAAUACACGAAUAUGGCUAUAGCCGGCCUUAGAGCAGCGCUCUGCGACCAAGACCAGGCAACAAAACCCGAGACUGUCACGACUGCAAUGGCUUUGUGCACGAAUGAUGUCUGCAAUGGGAAUAUGAAGAUAUGGAGGACUCACCUCCGUGGAGUUUUGCGAAUCUUGAUGGCGCUCUUGCAACACCAAAGAGUAUCAUUAAAGCUGAUGGAUGACCCUUUUAUUCAAUGCCUUGUGAAGUGGUUUAAAACCAUGGAUAUCCUAGCUGCCUUAUCUGGAGCGCAUGGCGAGUGCAUUCAUAAUCCUGGCAAUGGACCUCUGAAUGGGCUUUCGGAUUAUGCAACCUGGCAUGUGGAUGAAAUCAGCGGCUACUCGUUGGAGCUUAUCCCCACACUCGCAGAAGUAUCUAAAUUGGCCAGCCAGAUACGGCCUCAUGCAUCGGGAGAAACCGAAGAGGACUAUUCACCAUCCCUAGAGACAAUGAUUCAGGCCGAGGACCUCGAAUCAAAGCUUUUCCAACUUUUUGAUCGGCCUGUUUGCGACGAAACUUUGUCUCGUGGCGGGAGCCUUGCAUUGGAGCUACACGGCACACAUCUCGCUUUCGUACACUCAGCACUACUUCACCUCCACCGGCGUGUGCAACUACAUCCCAAGGACCAUAUCAAGGUCAGAGCUGAUGUGCAGAACAUCCUCGAGGCCCUGAGCCUGAUCGAACCGCAUUCGCCUAUGAAUAUACUCAUUCUAUGGCCAAUAUUCAGUGCUGGAUGCGAGACUGAAGAGAGCGAAGAGAGAGACACAAUAUUAGCGCGCAUGGGAAACAUGCAGAAGCUUGGCAUGGGUAACUUUACGAGAGCUAGGGAGGUACUACACAGAUAUUGGGUAUCUGGCAGUAAAUUACCCUGGGACAUCUAUCUCGCAAAACUGGGCCUCGAACUUGUUCUGUUUUAA